GCCGGGCCCGCCAUGGCGGCCUACGGGCGGGGGGUGCGCGUCGGGAACUGGCUGGAGGAUCUGCACGAGCAGGAGGAGCUCCUGAGGGACUUUAUCAGCAGGAGGGAGAAAGGACAGCUUUUAAUGCAGAGGUUAGCCAGACUUCAAGAGAAUAUCUUGAAGAAGGUAAAUCUAUCGGUUUCUAUUGAUGGGCUGGUUCACUUUGGAGACACUGUGAUGGUCAUGAACCCUGACAGCAACGCCCCGGAGGAGAAGGAGGAUGAAGUACGUGGUGACCUGACCUUGGCAGUGGACAUGGAGGAAAUAUCCCUGUAUUCCGAUGACCCACCACAGGUCUCACGUGGACUGAGCGCAGUCAACAGCGUGAACCCUGUGGGUCGAAAUAGUUUCUGUAUCGUAAGUGCUGAUGGAAGUGCAGUGGGUGAGCCACUUAGGUUUGGGCAAAACUUUCUUCUUGGGACAACAGGAGGGAUUUCUGACACAAUGUUUUAUCUAGGAAGUGACCAUAAAACAUUCACAGCAUUUGCUAAAAAAUCUCGCCUUCAGCCGGUGUUUUUGACAGGAGAGGAUUCCUAUUUGACCUGCUGGCAAGCUGCCUUCCUGGAUCCACAGCUGCGUCUUGAAUACGAAGGAUUUCCAGUUCCUGCAAACACUAAAAUUAUAAUUACUCAUUGCUAUACUAAUCGGAACUUAGCCAUUCCAAGGAACUUUCGUGUAUGGUCUUAUUUUGGAAAAGAAUGUGAAGUUGUUUGUCACAAUUACCUGGACUCCCACAAAGUUGAAGAAUAUAAGAAUUACUGGGAAAUAAUUACAGGAAAUCCUGGUCCAGAAGGUGGUACAAUGAUUGAUAGACCUGAAGCUCUACCAGAAGGGUAUAAGACAGGAUGACUUUCAUAAAAAGACAGAGAAUAUAAAAAUGCAAGACUUACAUCCAAUAGAGGUUGAUGAGACUCUGAUUCUUGAUUUUUUUUUUUUUUUGCUGUUUAGAUUUUACUUUUAGAGAUGUUUAUUUUAAAAGUGGAAGUGAAAGUCUACCAUUAGUAAUAUUGGAUGAUCUUAUUAAUUUAUCAAGGUUAUACAGUGGGAAAAAAACUACUAACAUUUGAGGAACCACACAUCAAAGAUUUGUGAAUCAGGAAGUGUUUGUUUUCCCAUUUUCCCUUUCACUGAUAGCAAAAGAUGCCAGAAUCCAGGAAAUCUAAUAGAUUUUCAUUAAAUUACCAAUUAAAAAAUUUAAGCAAUUCAUCCAAAACCAAACAAGUGUCACAUUUUUUAAAAGAGAGAGCAUACUGUUUCCAAAACACUGAAAACCAAACACAUACAAAGCUGUCAUGGGAUUGUUUGACAUUUAAAGUUCAUCAGAAAGAAAGCUGGUUGUUGAGCUUGUUUCCCACUCUGUCUAGCACAGUUUUGCCAAUUCUUAAAUCAUAAGUAAGAUUUCUUUAUCUUGAGAUUGGCUUCUGAUUUAUGGAUAUAAAUUGAUCUUUCUAUGCUUGUCCAUGUAUUCUAAACACCUAAAUAUCAAGUAAUAAAGAACUUGAGCACAGUGAUAGAGACUAGAGACUUCUGACAGCUUUUUCCAUACAUCACCAUGUUCCAUUUUCCUCUCACUCACAGCAUUUUUCAAUCUGUAAUAACUGCUAACAAGUUUGAGAGCAAGACAGAAUUGUCAAAGAAAAUUAGGUGCCCAGAAGUUUAAUGAAAAUAAAUGCCAAAGCAGAAAACAAAUAAGAGAUGCUGUAAGUUAGUUUAUCCAGUAAGAAAAAGAUCGUGUAUGUUCCUACCUACUUUGACACCAGAGAAUUCACAUUAAAAAAAUUGCCUUAAAAGAGUAAAAAUUUCAGCUGAAACUCACAUUUUUCUUAAACAACCAAAUCAAUCAAGCAUAAGAUGCAAAGAC